AAACUCCAACUUACCCAUGUGAUUUGGGCCUUGUAAACAAAAUAUAAUGUGACAAUUGACACAUGCCAAAAUUAAAGUUUCCACAACUAUAACGGAACAGUUGGCUUUGAUGCCGUUGUCAAAUUUAAAUGUUUCUAUUUGCAUUUUCCGAGAAGGAAAAACCAUUCAAUUCAAAAAGCAACCAUCGUCAAUUGUCGACGCAUCUCAUCCAUCAUGGACGCCAAUGAUGAAGCAUUUCCUGGAUCCGAGUGCGCCUGGCUAUCGGAGCAGUUUUUUGCUAAUCAAUUCAAACUAUUUAAUUCUGAUUAUAAUGAAAGAACGUCCAAUAACGAAAUGAACAUAAAUGACAUGUUUCCCAACUGUGAGAUUAAUCCAUUUUUGAGUUCAGACCUAGGCAUUGAUGUUAAUCAGGCCUGUGAUAUACCCACCACGAGAAUGGAUACAAGCAUUGAUUUCAUUUCGAAAAUUAAUGAUUCAGGGCAAUCGUUUGACGUGAAAUCGGAAAUUGUUGAUUUGAGUUAUCCGAAAGGGGACGGAGAAAUGUUUACUCAAAACUCGACAGCUAAAAAUGUAGAUGAAAUACUAUUGGAGGAAUGCUCUCAAGAGGCUUUGGAUUUGUCGAAGGCAUCACAAGUUGGCUCCAUAUAUUUGUAUCAACCUUUACCAUCCUCAUCGACAGGCGGUUAUGUCAAGUGCAUGCAAUGCCACGUUUUGUUUGAUGAAAUCGGAUUCCAAACGCAUGUUUGCGACGACUUUGUUAGCAACAAUCAAAUGCAACCUUCUCUUGACACACCAUCGAAUCUUUCGUCAUCUGCGCAAAACCCAUCUAUGGUGUCUCCCAUUGUACAGGACGAAAAUUAUGCAGCUGUAAACAAAAUUGAUCAACCAACUUCGUUUACUGCACCUUCCAAUAUUACGAAAAACCUUGUUAGAAAAGAACCAAUAUUACCUACAAAUCCGGCUUCUAUACGACUAAUAAAUGAAAAUCAAAUUCGUUUAAGACGAUUUCUUAAACAUGAGCUGAAAUAUGAUGUUGCGACAAACUCUUCAUUUAAAAACGUUAGUUCCAAAAACAGCAAUAACAAUAGUAACACCGAUAUUAGUGAUACAGUAAAUACAUCGUCAUCAUCAACCAUUUCGGGUUCAAGCGACGCCAAGAAAUCGGAUGGACCCCAUGAGUGUACGCUGUGCGAGAGAUCAUUUGUACAUUCUUCGGGUCUCUUGCGCCAUAUGGAAAAACAUGCAAUGGAUUUGAUACCAACCAGUUCAACUAAAUAUUCUGGCAAAUCGUUUGCAUCGCAGGCUGUUGCUACAACAGCAAGUACCAGCAGUCUUAGAUUGGUAAUAAAAUGUACCCUUUGUGGCAGAAUAUUUUUUGAACAUAGCAGCGCAUGUGAACAUUUGUUUGCACAUUUUCCCAGUACAUGGAUGGAUGAAAAAGAAUUGGAUACUUGUUCAGAUAUAUCCAUUGAAAUGUACAUCGAUGAUGCCUUAGAGUUUUUAAUUAAUGAGGCCAAAAACGAUAGCAUGAACUCAAACAUACAGAAAGAUACUACAGCGGAUGACAAAACUCCGAAGUUGUUGAAAAUGGUUAUUUUAACAUGCAUUCUUCAGUGUGAAUUCUGUGACUUUGUGUUUUCGGAUGUUUCCUAUUUGUUUGUGCACACAGUUUGUCACAUACCCGAAAGGCGAUUCGAAUGUUUCUCGUGUGAUAUAUGCGUAAAAACUUCUAAAGAAAUUACAAAUCAUUGGCAAACGGAAUGUGUCUUUAUGAGAGAAAAUACAAAAUUACAUGAAGUAACUGUGCAGCGAUAUUUUGUUUGUAAUGUCUGCGAAAAUAAAUUCCCGUCACUGGAUCUAUUGCAUGAACAUCGUUACACACUUUAUCAUUUCUUUCCGCGCAUGAACAACCGUUUGGGCAUUUUACAAUUACCCUGCGAAUAUUGUGACCAUGUUUCGGAAAAUGUGCAAGAUUGUUUGGCCCACUACGAGGACAAUCACUAUAAAAAGUAUAGGAAAGAUAAAGAAGGUUCUGUCAAUCCAAAUAGGAAUCGUUUAUACUUAUGUGACAUUUGCGGAAAAUCCUACACUCAGUCUAGUCAUUUGGGUCAGCAUCUGAGAUUCCAUCAAGGAGUAAAACCAUUUGCAUGUAAAGAGCCAGGUUGUAGUCGAAAAUUUACAAUACGACCGGAUUUGAAUGAUCACAUACGCAAGUGUCAUACGGGUGAACGUCCAUAUCACUGUCAGGUGUGUGGAAAACGUUUCUUGACUGGUUCGGUUUUCUAUCAGCAUCGUCUCAUACACCGUGGUGAACGUCGUUAUGAAUGUGAAGAUUGUGGCAAGCGAUUCUAUCGAGCAGAUGCUCUCAAAAACCACCAACGUAUACAUACGGGUGAAAAGCCUUUUGGUUGCCUCUUUUGUACCAAAAACUUUCGACAACGUGGUGAUCGUGACAAACAUAUGAGAGCUAGACAUUCACAUUUGGAUGCCAAUGCCCGACUAAUGAUGCAAAUGCAGAAAUUACAAUUAGAGGCAGCAGCGGCAAAAGCACAGACUAAUGGAGGUAACAAAUCGGAUCAAUUACUUGGUUCUGACCGAGUUUCAGAAAAGAAAUGUUUUAGUCUAACUGAUAAUUAUUUAACUGGUGAUAUUGCAUCGGAAAUAUCCCACAGCAAUUCAGAAGUUUCGUAUCCAUCAACCAGUAACAAUGUUAGGAACCACGAAAUGGAUGAUAUUGUAAUGAUUGGUAAUGUUCCAUUUCCAAAAUCUAUGAUUGAGUCCUUAAUAUUUGAUAUUGAUGGGGAUGAUGUACUAACAACUACAACAAAAUAAUUUUUAUAAUUAUAAUAUUUCCUUAAACCUUCUUGUAUUGAUUUUUUAUUUACCUGUGUGUUGAAUUAGUUUUAUUGCCAUUAGCAUCAUAAUUUUUUGAAUUUUGUUAUUUUUAAAAAUAAAUACUUGUUUACAUGAAAAUGGAGUUAGCCAUUUAUGUCUUGCACUGGAAUCUAUGCACUAGAACAAAAGGUUUAUCUUUAGAUUAAAUAUGAAUCAAAUAUUUUCAUUCGUCGAGGGGUACCAGAACGAUAAAUAAAACAAAACAAUAAAAUUUUGUAAAAUUAAAGG